AUGGCCGCACCACAAAUCCAUCAUCAACCCCUCAACGCAAUUUUCGGGGGUAUUGAGCGCAUGAUUGAGGAGACUACUAUUCAUCAAUAUCGAGGGAUUAAAUAUGCCAAUAUCCCCGCAAGAUUCGAGUGUUCUGAACCUAUAGGAAACUUCGCUGGCGCAUCUAUCGAUGCUACUCGAUAUGGGCCGAGAUGUCCCCAGGUGGCUGUAGAUGUGCGCCACUUGCUUCGGAUUCCUGAAGGUUUCGAAAUCCCCGAUGAGCCUGAGGACGAAUUCGAAUGCCUGAAUCUAGACAUCACAUGUCCACCUUUAUCGCGUGAUUCGGGCUCCCUUCCCGUUUUGAUUUGGAUUCAUGGUGGCUCACAGGUCGUCACAUUUUGUUCGGCGGCGUCCAAGAUUUGUGAUCCAGCAAGGAUUGUUGCGGAUUCGAUCGAGGCUGGUCAACCCAUCAUCUUUGUUUCCAUCAACUAUCGACUCAAUAUAUUCAGCUUUGGAGAUGGAAAGGAAAAGAACCUUGCACUCAAGGACCAGAGACUAGGAAUUGACUGGGUGCGGAAGAAUAUCGCAGCCUUUAGAGGUAAUCCAGACGAUAUUACUCUUGCCGGGGAAAGCGCAGGAGCGGUUUACGUUCAUGCACAUCUGAUUUCUGGUCCUCCGGUGAAGAGAGCGGUCCUAGCAUCUGGAUCCCUUUAUCUGUCAUCGCCAUUGCCCGUAGAGCGAGGCGAUGGACUCAUCCAGGCUUUGCAAGCAAAAGUGCGGGAGCUUGGGCAAUCAUCCCUCCGGGAGGCCUCUGUCCCCAUUCUUUUACAGGCACUGACGGAAUGCAAUGUAAACACUAUGUGGAUCCAGGAGGAGCCUGAGCUCCAAGAUUGGGAGGCCAAGCCGGAACAAGUUGAUGAGCUUAUGAUAGGUGACACAGAGUAUGAGUCUGUUAUCUGGAGAAAUGGAGUGGAAACGCUAGACGGAGAGACUAUUGCUGCCGCGUUUGAAAAAGACAAGGAUUGGGGAACGCAGCUACGUAAGAUGUACCAAAUUGUCGCGGAUCGUCCUACAGCUUGCAAGUUGGGUGCCCUGGAUUUUGUCAACGACAUCCGCUAUGCACUCCCUGUUGAGGUUAUCUCCAAAAAGUUCGGCGCGGCCAACAAACGAGUGUACAGAUACUUGUUCGACCAAGCCAACCCAUGGCAAGCUUCCAGCCGCGCUCAUCAUGCUGUCGAUCUUCUUUUUCUCUUUGCUGGGAUUGAUUUGUCGUUCAACCCUGCUGCCGAAAAGGUGAGCAAGGAAACUAGAAAGCACUGGAUCCAAUUUGUCAGUGGUGGUAGUCCCUGGCCUCCAGAGGGACUAUUCGCAUUCGGGCCACUUGGAGAGUGCAAAGAAAUCUCCGAGGCGCAGCUUUCGAGUCGGAGACGACUAAAUCACCUCAAGGCUCUGACAAAGGCAGGUAUUGGUGUGUAUAUGCCCAUCGCUAUCGCCUUGACAGCAGGGAAUAUUAGCCUAUUGAAUUGA